UGGCUACUUAUUAUACUGCAGCUCAACGGCAGCAGCAACACGGCAUUGAAGACCCAUUUUAGUUGUACUUUAAUUUAUAUUUUAAUUGAGUUUGAAGUGUUUUUCCAUUAUAAUGGCUCAGAAAAAGGAAUUACACCAAUCUGAAAUUAAUGGUGAAAUUACUUCUGUACAAACCAGUGAACAUUUCUUCGAUUUCAGAAGUGUUCAUGACAAUUUUGCUGCUUGUCUUAUUGAUGAUGGAGACAUAGAAUUGGAUACCUAUGUAAAUGCUUACAGAGAAUUACAAAAAUUUUGCCAGCUGAUGGGUUCAGUAUUUGGGUUUGUUGGUUCAGAAAUAAGCAGUAAGAUGGAAGCCUUAGAACAAGUACGCACUGCAAAUAAAUCAAACAACUUUUCAACCAUGAAAAGAAUGGUUCAGUUUGAAAUAGACAAGGGAAUGUUGAAAGACAGUUCCUAUAUUUCUGGAAGUCGAACUCUGUUACGACUUCAUAGAGGUUUGGACUUUCUAAGGCAGUUCUUAAAAAGAAUCGGAGAGUUACAGCCUGGGGACAAGACAAAUACUAUAGGACAAGAAGUUUACGAUGAGACAUUAGGAAAAUACCAUUCAUGGUUGAUCAGGAAAGGAGCCCAUCUGGCAAUGUUCGUUUUGCCAACAAGAGAUGUCUUGCUUGAAAGAGUAUGUGGGAAAAACACACAGUCUGCUUUGAGUGCUCUGCCUGACAUGUUACUUUCUACAAACGAGGUCUACAAUCGAACGGAACUUUACUUCAAGGAGAAGGAUCUUCUUAAUUUACCUUAGUUGCUCACAUGGACGUGGCUGUGAUAAAUAGUUUUAUUUAGGUAAUGAUAUACUAUUGUGUUAAAUUUUAUAGUUGGUUUAUUACUAUAUUUACUGGAUCAAUGAAUUCUAUUGUUAUAUUUUACCACAAAGUUUUUGUAAGUUAGUUACAGGUUUUUAAACUGUACUGAAAUAAAGAAAUGCCAAAUAGUAUUACAAUUAUAUUUUAAAUCAGUUUGUUUUGUAUUCAUACUGGAUCUAAAGUUGUCUUGUUUGUAUACUACUAUGUAAUUUGAAAGUUAAACAUUACAUUACUUAAAACAUUGACUAAACUAAACAAAUACAGUUAACAAGACUGCAUCACACAAUUGGAAUAAAUUAAUUAGAAUUCAAAAACAGAUACUCAUUUAUUGAUUAAUAAGAGUGAUUAAUUAACCAGUCAAGUUUAUCUUGUUUAAAAUUAAAGGACUAGAUGCAGCACUGGUCAAGCCUGGGCUCUGAAGUAAGUGUCCAAUCAUUCAUGUUUCUCUUUGAAAAUAAAGCCAUUGACCAUUGUCUGAAGCAUUGGAGAAAUAUGUAGAAACACCUACCAUCAUUUGUCCUCUGAUAUGUCACCAUAGUUGCCUGUCAACUUCACUAAGAUGUUUUGUUAUAUAUUCACUUAUUUAUUGUAAACUAAACUUUGAAGGUUUAACCUUUUUAAUGUCGGAGCCAAUAAAAAGUUUGUCAAAAAAAUGCCAGAUUUUAUCUCAAGGUUCUGAUGAAAAAUGCUGAGCCUAUUUCAAUGAUUUUCUGACAUUAGACUAAAACAUCCAUAAAAUCAAAACAAUUUUAGAUGAGCUCUUUAAUUUUUUCUUUACAGAUACAUUGUUUAAUUAAAAACAUAAAAUAUGCAUACACUGUUUUUUUUAUUAUAUAAAGCACACAAGUAGUACUUACAAAAUGUGUUUGUACAUGCAUAAUAAACAAAUAUUUACUCAGAAUAACUGAUACUACUAUUUUAAACAACUAAAAUUGUUAACAUGCAACAUAAAGUAUUUUAGUAUCCAUAAAAUUGUAAAGAUAAUACUACUUUUUUAUGUAAACCUACUUUUUCUCAUAGGCCCAAUCUCAACUCAUGAGAUUCCUAAACACAGUUUAUAAAAUACACACACUAUUACUGAGUUCUGAAUAAGUGAACACUUAAAAAUUUAAAAAUUAUUUAGAAAUGAAAAUGUUAAGUACAAUGCAAAAUAAUUAACAAAUCUUAUAUUUAAAUGUAAUUUAAUUUUAAAAAUUCAAAAAAUUACAUGAUAAAUAAAAUGUUGGAAAAAUUAUUUUUCUAUAAAACAUGAUAUCAAUUGAAAUAGAACAUAAACUUAUAAAGUUUUGACUAAUAUUCUAAAAACUCUAAAAGUUAUUUUGUUUUUAGAAAACUAGAUUUGCACUUUAUUGUGUUGUGAUACUGAAUUUUAAACUAAACGUAUAAUUAAUCUUACAAAAUUGCUAUAAAAAUCUUUUUCUUGCAAUUUGGUUCUUUCAUAGGUAGGUUGUUUAUAUAGCAACAAAUUUUAUAAUACAUACAACAAAUUAUCACAGUAGAACUUUUACCGUGAACGUCAGUAUAUACGGACACAGGCACUAAAAGUGUUGAAUUGUAAGAAAUAAAUUUUGUUAAGUGAACUACACUUUUAACUAGUGUGCACAAGUAUAUAACAAUUCUAACAAUAUUAUCCUCUUGCAGGACACCGGAGUUAUAGCUAUCCAUCUCCUUAACAAAAUUUUUGUUAUAGACAUGGUGUGAAAAGCUUUCAUGCAUUCAUGAAUAAUUACAGAUUCAAUUUUUAGUUAUAAAUUUAAAUAGGUUAAAGAACAUUAGCAUUUUUAUUGAUUUUACUGUCACCAUCAUAGUUAUAUCUCUGCUCUGGACUCCAAAGUGUUACUAAAAGUUAAUGCAAAUAUUCUUGAAUUGUGUCAGUAACUUUUACUGUUAAUAAUGCUAUAGAUAAACCACUCACAAAGAAACCUGUGCACAAGCUAAUAUCUGAGCAGCCAUACUGAGGAGGGGGCCUCCUCCAUUGGUGGGGAGUGGGACAAGCAUCUCCUUGUAUCUGAUUUGUCAGCUAUGUGGGUUGUGUCUCGCUUGCACCAUUUUGUUUACACUGCAGCAACUUACCUAUUCUAUUAGUAUAUUGUAUUUUUGAGUGUAGGCCUAUUCAAGCGUAAAAUAUUAAUUGAACAGACUAAUGUAGCCAUAGACGUAUUCAGGGAAGCUGCGUUUUGGUGUGAGAUUAGCCACUAAGUGGCAGUGGCCAGGUCAGGGGAUAGAGUAAGUGGGCGAGUGCCGAGCAGUGCUAAGGAUCCUCGGAUAGGUGGGGAUUCUGCAUGAACUAAAAUCGCUCAAUGUCUUUUUGUAAGCGGUUUACCUAUAGAAAUGUAACCCUUCCAAUGCAGCUAGUGCCUAAAAAUGCGGAACUGCCGAUGCUUUAAAUGCAAAUAGUGUAAAUAAAUACAAAAAUUUGUACAUUUUAUUACUUUUGAAAUGGCCAAUGGUUCUCAAAACAUCCCUAAGAGAGCAGGUCGAUGUUCCUUUCGACUGUCAGGAUUAGACAAAGUAUUUUAUCAUCGGUGUUGAUACAUGUAAUGAUUGACAGUCGUCUUGAAAGCCAUUUCUCAUAUAGCCUGUGACAGUAAGCACAUUCAUUUUAUUCAGCUGCUAAAUUGCAAAUGUUUUGGUAAUAGAGAUGAAAAUUGUCCCUGCUUAGCGGCAACGUGCUGCGACGUUAUUGUGCCAACCAACAAGUUGCAGCAACUAUUGCCGAUUGACUGUUGCUAAGCCGUCAUCCGUCUUUCCGUUGCAUAAUGUUCUUUGAACAAUGUUUUUCUGUAGCUGCUGCACAUAGAACAUUAUUGAAAUAUAAAAAAAAUCGGACUAUUAUUCAGCUAUCUUGUUAGCAUCAUAAUGUAUUCAAACUUUGUCAUUACAUCUGCGUAUUUACUAUAAUUUAUUUUUAGACAAUUCAAAACAUCCCUUGUUAUAAUUAAGAACAACCUUUAAAGAAUUAAUCUAACAUUAUUCAUUACAUUUUUUGUGAUUAUAAUUUUGAACACGCAUUUUUAUUGAACCAAUAAAACAUUGCAAAAUAUUACAAAACUUUAACUGUGGUGUUUAUUGUAUGAACAAUUAAUUAAUCAUAUAAUUUUAUCAUUGAUGAGAGUUAAUAAUACAAUUAAAAACUAAUAAUAUGGUUUAACACAGUCUGUAUCAGAAUAAUUAAAUUAGUAAGAAAAAAACAAGUUUUUUAAUUAUAUAUGUAUAAACAUUGCACACAUAAUAACUUAGCACAGCUAUGGAACACACAAUGUAUUUUGUGUAUUAAAUAUACUUGGGCUUGUGUACUCUAGGGCUUUAUAAAACAUAAACAAGCUGCUGUUGUCCAGAUGUGGAUAACAUUAUGGCAAUUAAAUAAUAACGGUCACCCCACAACUCUGCUUAUUAACAGCUGAACCCCAUUGCUCAAAUAACAACUGAAGAGUUUAAGAGUCAAAUUUACUAUUGCCGGCUAUGAAACCAAUGAAUUUAUUGUGUACCAAAAUCAGAGAGAGUUUGUUGCAACAUGUUGCAGGGAUUACUGUUGCCGCUGAAAUACUGUUUUUUAUUCUGUUACAUUGAAUAAUGCCCAUCACUAGUUGGUAAACAAAGUUUUCAUCAGUUUUGAAGCAAACUGUUGUUAUUCUCAUUGUGUUUCAGUUUGUUUUUUACUGCGUAGUUGUUUGUUAUAAUGGCUAAUCCAGACGAUCCAAAUUUUGAUGAAUUUACAAGUAAUAUUAUGAAAACUUCUUUUUGAACUGCGAUUGAUUUUGAUACUGUAGACAAUAAAAAGGACGAAAAUAUAAUUCUUCAUAAUCUAAGUGAAAGUGAUGAGGACAUGGAUGUUAAUGAUGGAUCUGUUUUAUUCAAAAUAAAACAAUUUUACCAAGAUCAGCAUAGUUUGAGUGUAUUCUUCUGUAUUUUAUGUGGAAUAUGUGUUUUGUAUGUUAUAAGAGUUCAACUAUACAACUCUAAUUCAUUUAUUCUAAAUAAAUAAGGUUUUAUAAGUGCAAUAUUUCAGUUUUCCUUUAUAGACUAUCGUAUACAUUUCACAUUUUUAAAUGUAAAUAUUUAUGAAAAUUGUUACCAAACUUAUUUAUUUUUGUGUACUGAUGAUGCAGAAACUUUAUUUACAAUUUACUCUUUAUAAAUAACCUAUAUAAAUGUAGUUUAACCAUGUAGUGUUUCUUUGUGGCAUUAUCCUGCAAUGCAGUUCAUUCCCAAUUUCCAAUGCUUUUAUUGCGUAUAAAAUUUUCAAAAACAUAUAAUAAUACAUUUUUAUAUUUUUUCUUGUAAGGAAUUGUUUGAAAGGCUAGAUUGAGUUUGAAAUUAAAUUAUCUUUAAAUAAAAAACCUAUCAUACUGCUUAUAUUUUAUUUAUUGUGUUACAGUAAUGUUUUAAACAAUAUCAUAUAAAAUGAACGUGGAAAUAAAUCUAGCUCAAUUGGUAAGCUCAUUUUUCCAUUUGUGAAUCAAUGUGUUCAACUAAAACUUUUAUAUAACUAAUACACUCUGCUUAGUAUUUGGUUUCACCCUCUGGAGAUCAACUGACGAUGUUAAAACCCAGGGAAAUCCUGUUGCAUAGCACAUGACAUUGUCAGUGUUCCUAUAAGAGUUAUCAAUAGUGAAAUUAGAGUUAAUUUAGAUUAGUUUUUGAAAGAAAGUGGACCAUGUAAUUGUUUAGUCACUCGGUACCAGUUAAAGUAUUAUUAACGUUGUAUAUUAUAAUUAUAUUCUGUGAUGAUUGUGUUUUUAAUGGUUAACAUUCCGCUGGAAAUAAAUUUUAAUAUUGACCUAAAA